CCCGCUGCCUGUGCGCGUCCCCUCUACGUUCCUUCGCGCCAGGCGGGGACCGCGGGACGCCCAGGAGGGCGACGGGUGGCCGCCUGGGAGAUGCGGAGCUGCGGCGGCGCGAUCGGCGCAACAACACCAGCGCCCCCGAGAGUCUGAGGCAGUGUUCAUGUUGUUGGGCCUGCGGAAAUGGCGGCUUCUCAUCUGUGUCCAGCAAAAGAAGGCCGAAGUGAUCCGUCUGCUUAGAUGGAAGCACACUGCAACCUUGAGCAGGACCCGAAGACUAUAGCCCUUGUUUUUCCUUGGUUCGCCAUGGAGCCCCUCUGUCCUCUCCUGCUGGCCAGUUUUAGCUUGCCACUUGCCAGAGCCAGCAAGGAAAACGAAACCACCCCUGCAGAGAGUAACAGGACCAACACAACCACAGGCCCUCCGGACACUGACACCUCCCCGUCGCUGCUCACCUGGCUGCUGUUGCCUGUGCUGCUGCUCCUCCUCUUGCUCCUCCUCGCCGCCUACUUCUUCAGGUUCAGGAAGCAGCGGAAAGCCGUGGUCAGCAGCAACGACAAGAAGAUGCCCAACGGGAUCUUAGAAGAGCAAGAACAGCAGAGAGUGAUGCUGCUAAGCAGGUCCCCAUCAGGGCCCAAGAAGUACUUUCCCAUCCCUGUGGAGCUCCUAGAAGAGGAGAUCCGGGUGCGCUCAGCUGAUGACUGCAAGCAGUUCCGAGAAGAGUUCAAUUCGUUGCCAUCUGGACACAUACAAGGAACUUUUGAACUGGCAAAUAAAGAAGAAAACAGAGAAAAAAACAGAUACCCCAACAUCCUUCCCAAUGAUCAUUCCAGGGUGAUUUUGAGCCAAGUGGAUGGAAUGCCCUGUUCAGACUACAUCAAUGCUUCCUACAUAGAUGGUUACAAAGAGAAGAAUAAAUUCAUAGCAGCUCAAGGCCCUAAACAGGAGACUGUGAACGACUUCUGGAGAAUGGUCUGGGAGCAAAAGUCUGCCACUAUCGUCAUGCUGACAAACCUGAAAGAAAGAAAAGAGGAAAAGUGCUAUCAGUACUGGCCCGACCAGGGAUGCUGGACCUAUGGAAACAUCCGGGUGUGCGUGGAAGACUGUGUGGUGCUGGUGGACUACACCAUCCGGAAAUUCUGCAUACAACCCCAGCUCUCCGAUGGCUGCAAGGCACCACGGCUCGUGUCUCAGCUGCACUUCACCAGCUGGCCUGACUUCGGAGUGCCUUUCACCCCUAUCGGGAUGCUGAAGUUCUUGAAGAAAGUGCGAGCACUCAACCCCUCGCAUGCUGGGCCCAUCGUAGUCCACUGCAGUGCGGGUGUGGGCCGGACGGGCACCUUCAUUGUGAUCGACGCCAUGAUGGACAUGAUACAUUCAGAGCAGAAAGUGGAUGUCUUCGAAUUUGUGUCACGAAUCCGCAAUCAGCGCCCUCAGAUGGUCCAAACGGAUGUACAGUACACAUUCAUCUACCAAGCCUUACUGGAGUACUACCUCUAUGGGGACACAGAGUUGGACGUUUCCUCCUUGGAGAGGCACCUGCAGAGCCUACAUGGGACCACCACUCACUUCAACAAGAUCGGGCUGGAGGAGGAGUUCAGGAAACUGACCAAUGUCCGAAUCAUGAAAGAGAACAUGAGGACAGGCAACUUGCCGGCCAAUAUGAAGAAGGCCAGAGUCAUCCAGAUCAUACCUUAUGACUUCAACCGAGUGAUCCUUUCCAUGAAAAGGGGUCAAGAAUAUACAGACUAUAUCAACGCAUCCUUCAUAGACGGUUACCGGCAGAAAGACUACUUCAUUGCUACCCAGGGCCCCCUGGCCCACACGGUGGAGGAUUUCUGGAGGAUGGUCUGGGAGUGGAAGUGCCACACCAUUGUGAUGCUCACAGAGGUGCAGGAGCGAGAGCAGGAUAAAUGCUACCAGUACUGGCCAACAGAGGGCUCAGUUACUCAUGGAGAAAUAACAAUUGAAAUAAAAAGCGAUACCCUGUCUGAAGCCAUCAGUAUACGAGACUUCCUGGUGACCUACAAUCAGCAGCUGACCCGCCAGGAGGAGCAGACCCGCGUGGUGCGCCAGUUCCACUUCCAUGGCUGGCCUGAGAUCGGGAUUCCAGCUGAGGGAAAAGGCAUGAUAGACCUCAUCGCAGCAGUGCAGAAGCAGCAGCAACAGACCGGCAACCACCCCAUCACUGUGCACUGCAGUGCUGGAGCUGGGCGAACAGGUACCUUCAUUGCCCUCAGCAACAUUCUGGAACGUGUAAAAGCUGAGGGACUUUUAGAUGUAUUUCAAGCUGUGAAGAGCUUGCGACUUCAGAGGCCACACAUGGUGCAAACCCUGGAACAGUAUGAAUUCUGCUACAAAGUGGUACAAGAUUUUAUUGAUAUAUUUUCUGAUUAUGCUAAUUUCAAAUGAAGAGUCCUGCCUUAAAAUAUUUUUUAAUUUAAUGGUCAGUAUAUUUUGUAAAAUUUGUGUUAAUUUAUUUCAUAGUUGACAUUAAUAUCCUUCCUAAUUUCUUUGUAUAUAUUUUGUUAUGCUUUGAAGGUUACUUGCUGUAAAGUUAUUAAAUCUUAAAUACCCUUUUUAAAAAUUGGAAUAAUAUAUUAAGGUUGGAAUUGGAAUAAUAUAUUAAGUACAUACAAAAUAUAUGUACUAUAUUUCUGCUAAUAUCAGUAAACAUCUUAAUUCUUCAUUAGGUUCAUGUAAUAUCACAUGUUAUGCAUCUCUAAAUCUUAUAAUUCUUAAUAUGUCAAUUGUGCUUAAGCAAGACACUAAACAUAAGAUCCAAGAAAACAACCAAGAAUUUAGAAAUCAGUUGAAAACUCACUUUCCAUAACUGAUUUUACAACCUGGAGCAGCAGCAGUGGCUGCAUGCCUGUAAUCCCAGCACCUGGGAGGCUGAGACAGGAGGACUGGUGUGAGUUCGAGACCAUCCUGGGCUACAAAGUGAGUUCAAGACCAGCUCAAACUACAUAGCGAGACCCUGUCUCAAAAAAAAAAAAAAAAAAAAAAAAAAAAGUCAUUGUAAAUAUUAACUUUUGUAAAGUCCUUAGUUGCAGACAUGUGAUUUAACUUUAUCUUUUAAGGGUUGAAGACUUUCCCUGCUGAAUACAGGUCUAGGACACAGUAAGGUAGCCAGAGACUGCACAGUAAUAUUUCUCAAGGCUGUGACUGUGCCACAUUGGUUAGGUGAGAACGUCAGGCCAUCCCAGUUCCCCGUGGCCUUGGGCACAAGAAAACCAGUCAAUGGAGCUGUACUCCUAGAGUGCCACUAGCCAGCUGUCCCUCUGUCUCACUCAGAGUCCAACCCACGACAUUUUUCAGUCUCUCUUCCUAUUCAACCCCAGGUGCCUGAUCUGGCCUUGAACCAGACCUGCAGGCUGCGUGAAACCACUUCACACGCAAACAUUCAGAGAAACUGUCUUACACACGCACACAGUUGAGGAGCACACAUGACCAUGAUACUUGUGCUGUAAAUUUUCUGAGAAGCAUUUUGGUAUUUAAAGCAUUUCUUGUAAAAAGCUAAAAUGGUUUGUAAGAAAAGAAGUCUUAAAAUCUAGAUUUGUAUAGUUUUUAAAGAUCCCACUUCUCAAUCUUUAAUAAAAGAGAAACAGAAAUGCUUAAUCUAAAGUCUAACUUAUUUUUGAAUGCCUAGAUCUUUGGCACUGGGUGAUAAUAAUGAUCCCAGUACCACAAAGGAUGGAGGGAGGUGAUGAGAAACAAACGUGCAAACUUGCAAUGUAACAAUCCUUGUCUUUCUGAAGCUAGUAGAUGAGCACAACGUAAUAAAAAAGAAGACAUCUGGUCUACCUUACAUCUGGUCUAACUUAGUUUUGGUACUUUUUAUUUUUUUUUUGCUUUUAAAAAAACAUGUCAAAAUAAAAGGCCUUAUUUGACAUUCUGCUGAGACCUGAUCGUGCCCACCUAUUGCACUGUUUAUCCCCUGUCUGUUCACAGUGUGUACAGGUGCGACCCCAAGGUCAGUUACUGUCCUCACCAGGCUCCAGGUCAUCGAGCUCCUCUCCCAUCCCACUGCUCUUGGCACCCAACUGGAAGGAGGAAAGCACACUCUGUGGCCACUGCCAUUGCCACCAGCUGGGCUCCCCACUGCUGAGUGUGUCAUCACCUCUGAGCAGUGAUUAAGCAGGUGAAGGAGGAAAUGGAAGGAGCUUUUCUGCAACUUGUCAGUUGAUUCAAUUCGUUUCCAUUGUUCAAAUACCACACUCAAAGCCUUUCUUUGACUAAAGGAGAAGAGAGGAAAAUAUGUUGUGUUUUCUGGUUUUUGUGGGGGUUUUUAUACCGGGGAUUGAACUCGACCUUGCACUUACCAGGGAAGCACUUGAGCCAUUGAGCUAAAUCCUGGGCUCAGAAAAUAUGUUUUUAUUCAGCACCUGAAACCCAGUAGGAUGAAUAUAACUGUAAACUGGUCAUUUUUCAGAGCUCAAAGUUGAGGAGCAUGCGGUCGGCCCCAUUUUAGGAGUUGAUAGUCAGAAUCCUUGAAGUCCUUCAGUGGUCUGUCUGGCAUGUCUUGUAUCAAGAAGUGCCUUUAUGGAUAGAUUCAGGGUGUCCUCAGGAAAGUGUUCUGUUUGCAUUUUCCCUGCCCUCAUCCACUAGGAGCAUCCCAAGUAUCCACUGCAAAGGUUCCCAAACUCAUCCCAUUCUGAAACAAACAGAAGCCAGAGUUGGGUGGACAUACAGCCGGUUCCCCAGGCAGAGAGAGUGAUCACUGAAGCCUCAUGACCUUGGCCAAGGCCAAGUUCAGACAGUCUUCCUGUGUCUACAGAUCAGCUGUGUGCAGAGGCAAUGCUAUCCAGGGGCCUUGUGUCUUCUCUGUGCACUUGGUACAGUCUUCUCUUCUUCCUUCAGUCAAAGAAAGUUGAGUAUAUUUAACAAAACCACCCAGCACUGGCAAGGACACUCCUCCUUCCACGUUCCCUCAGUUGCAUGCAGUUGCAUUCAAACGCCAAAUAGUGAUCAGAAGCUUCCCAUUCUGAUCCGAAUGCCCAUCAGUCACUGUGUGACUUACUUUAUUCCUUCUUUCCACGUGCUAGAUAAACGAAGAAUGCAUACUAGUGUUUUCAAAGGUAUUUUUAUGUGUUUUUAAAAACUUUUUAAAAUGAACCUGUUACCUGUGUUUCAGCAUUUGGAGAUUGUGCCCACGUUAUUUUUUUAAGUGUAUGAUUACUGAUACAGUUUCAUUUGUUUGUUUAACUAAGCCAUGUUUAAUUUAUGUGUAAUCUUUAUAAUAUAUGUAUGUAUUAUGGUUCCAACUGUUAUAGUUUCUUUUGUUACAUUUAAAUUUUGAUCUUGCUCUUAUUACAAUGCCAGUGAAUGUUGCUGAAUACUUUGUAUAUGCAAAUUGCAAGAUCUAAAACAUUCUGAUCCGAGGAUAAAUCUUUACUUUGACUACCA